UCUCCCGUGAAUAAUGGGUAGGAAUGCUCGUCUCUUUUGGCACUGUAACCAAAAUCAUCAUCUAACGCUCCUGUGAAAAUGAGAUUCUAAAGUCAGUAACUCUCCCGCAGUCGGUGCCGUUCUUCAUACUUUUCCUUCUCUAAGAAGUGUUCGUACGCCGGAGGGAAUGACGUCUCCCGGCGGGGGAUCAUCGGCGCGGCUUCCGACGUGGAAAGAGAGAGAGAACAACAAGCGGAGAGAGAGGAGACGGCGAGCCAUAGCGGCCAAGAUUUUCUCCGGGCUUAGAGCUCAGGGAAACUUUAAACUUCCUAAGCACUGCGAUAACAACGAGGUCUUGAAGGCUCUCUGUAGAGAAGCUGGUUGGGUUGUGGAUGAAGAUGGCACUACCUAUCGCAAGGGACAAAGACCAUCUCCAAAUGAGAUUAUGGGAAUCUCAACAAGCAUAAGCGCAUGCUCUUCAGUCCAGCCCAGCCCAAUGUCAUCAUCCUUCCCCAGCCCGGCACCUUCUUACCCUGCCAGCCCUAGUCGGAGCCCUGCUCGAGGUGAUACCAAUCCCCCGUCCUACAUCCUGCCCUUCCUCCAAAACUUGUCUUCUGCUCCAUCUUCUUUGCCUUCACUACGUAUAUCCAAUAGUGCCCCUGUAACCCCUCCUAUUUCUUCUCCCACCAAAGGGCCAAAGCGGAAACCUUUAUUAGAGCCUCUCUCCAACAUUCCGUUCUAUGCUUCCCACCAUACAUUCUUUACUUGUUCUGCACCAUCAAGUCCCACCAGACGCCAACAUUGUAAACCGGCUACAAUUCCAGAGUGUGAUGAGUCUGAUGUGUCAACAAUUGAUUCUAUUCGUUGGGUCACCUCCCAGACAGGGUUUCCCUUUGUUGCCCCAGCAUCCCCCACUUUUAACCUCGUAGAACCGUUUUCUCAGCAGAUCAAUCUAACUGCGGUCGAUGGGCACGGUGACUUUGAUUGGGUAGGAGCAGCUAAAAGGGCACGGUGUGCUGAGUUUGAUUUUGAAAAUGGAAAAGUGAAGGCAUGGGAGGGUGAGAAAAUACAUGACAUUGGUAGGGAUGGUUUAGAGCUGACACUUGGGAAUGGAAAAGCUACCGCUUAAGCCUCCUACGAAAGAAAGAGAUUCUGUUGGUGGGUUUCUUAAGCCCUAAUGUUCUUGACAAAACUGCUAGCUUGAAUGCUCUUUCUAUUUUAGUGCAAUAUAGUUGAGCAUCGUGCUUGAAGCCACCUGUUGUUGCUUCUACUUCUUAUGUGGACUGUCGGGCAUCCUCUCAAAUGUACAGUAAUUCACUUACUGUGCUAAGUGUCUCCUUAUGUGAUCUAAAUGGUUCACUUUAUUACUCCAUGUGAGAUGAAAUUAUGAAUGGAUGAUAUGUGAUGAUGGUGGCUUUGGACUAUUUCUCAUCCACUUCUUUAUUAACUUUGUUUAGAUGUUUUCUUUUGAUAUUUCUAGUUGCUUGAAGACCUUUAGGUCAUAUACAGCUCACUUUCAAGUGACUUAUUUGGGCCAUUAAGACAUUUCAAGAUUAUUUCUCGCUCACAUUUGUAAUGAGACAUGGAAAUAGUAUUGAUUUACUGAUAAUUUUUCUUGUAGAAUAUCUUGGUCGAGCACUUUUGUGUUUUUAUUAUUGGUUCCUAAUAAAUUUAUUAGGUUACUGAAUAUAGC